GAGAGGUGUAUGUUUGCAUGCUUUCUGAGUGAGGACAGCCAGGGAGCAGGGGACAGAGGGGGGUUAAGAGAGCGGAGGAUCUGUGCCUGGUGACACUUCUUGGACAGGGGGCAAAGAAGGCUUGUAAGAAGAGAGGAGGGUGAGAAAAAAGUCAUCUAGGGUGGAUUUCAGUGCAGGACAAGCUGUCAAAGAGAGGGGGGCAGAGGUGUGAGGAGUAUCUGGGGAAGUGGGAGCAUGUUGGGGAAGGAGACGUUAGCUGUCGCAGCAGGAUAAGAAGUCCCUUCAUAUCAUGAGGCACUGAGAGGAAGAAGAGAGGGACCUUGUGGAGUUGUUUGAAAGAGCCGGGCAAACUGAAGAUAAGAGGAAAAGGGCAUCUGGUGGAGGUAUGGGGUGUAUUCACAGCAAAAGCAGUGGCAGGAUGAAGAAACAGGGGCCUGACAUGGACCCAGGAGGGAUCCCCUUAAAGACAGACCCUGAGAUGCACCCUGAAAUACUGCAACUAGCCGAGGUAAGUGAGGAAUCGCUCUUCAGGGAGCUGUAAACAAUCCGCUUAAACACCCGAGUAAUGCCUCAGCUAUCAUCAUAUACAGAGCAAAGCCUUCAUAUUGUGAGGAGUCAAAGAUCUGUUUGGUAAUACUCUUAACAUCCCAGAUUUUCUCCAUGCUGUUGAUACUGUUUACACUUUGUCAUAUGACUCAACAGCUUUGUUUAAGCGAUGCAUGAAAACUUGAAAACCAAAGGAAUCUGAAAUAAUAUCAACACAUUUCUAAAUUAGAUGGUGCUUAAUAAAGGACGUCCUUCUUUGCAUUUUGUUAGCAUCACUGUCAGCACCAACUUGUGCAGCACAUGCAUGCAUUCCCAAGCAUAAACAUGUUAACAGGUCCCGUUUGAAAGCAUGAACUGCACGCAAGGAAGCUGUGUUUGUAAGCUGGAGCUGAAGUGAGAAGCAUCUGUGUCCUAGGGCCCGAUUAGUUUGUUAUUCCUGCUGCAUGCGAAGGAAAUUGUUCAAAAAUAAGACACAGACAGUAGUGGAUGGCCCAUUCAAUUGCUGUUAAUCAUGUGCCCCCAGGGGUCGGGGUUCAAGAGGAAGUGGUAUAAGUUACCGUCCAGUUCCAGCCCGCCGUCUGCUUGUCUGCUGCCUCUAUUUAGGAGCAUGUAUGGAUUUAGGAGCAUGUCACUCUGUUCCACAUGUAAAGCCACCAGGGGACUUUUAUGCAGACUAAAAUAAAAGUGUGUGUUGGUUUAGCACCGAGGCCCCACUGCAGUAUUUGUACGUUCUCACAUGUCAGGGUAAAUCACAAUCUGGCGUGCCGUACGUCAGAAGGAGAAUUGAACUGAAAUCUGCUGCGAGGUGCUGCACAGUGAACAUUCGGAUCUUGCUGCGAGGAGAACAUUACUCAGAUCACAUGUGGCUUCAAAUCCCCUAAAGCUCCAAUUGUGUGUCUGUCUGAAUUUCUUUGUGUGUGACUGUGGGUUUGUGAUUUUAUGUGUGUGUGCGUGCCUUACCAAGCCAAAUUAUGAUAACAUUGUCCCAGCUGAAUGGGUGGACUCUGCAGUGGAGGGGUAUGAUGCAAUGUGUCUUACAUGCAAACAGUCCAGGAGUCUUUUCUAUUGUUUACAGCGAGUGGUCUUUUUAUUCUCUUGGUUUGUGUGUGUGUAUGUGUGUGUCUGUGUGUGCAUCUCUCUCUCUCUCUCUCUCUUACACACACACACCCAAACAUACGCUCUGUCCCUCACCUAUUUUCAGCGUUUUCAUGGCUGUUUAGAGGUGACUCCCCCUUCUCUUGCAGGUUAUAAAUACCCCACCAGAGCUGGAGCAUACCCCUGGCCUGCCACCUGCUCCCGUCCCUUCCUGAGAUGACUGUGUGCGUGUGUGCGUGUGUGUGUGUGAGAGAGAGUGUGUGAGUUAGCAGUUGUGAGUUUUGCACUCCAGCAUGUCAUCACUAUUGAGGUGUCACUGAAAAAAAACAACACUCACGUAGACCUUUAGUGCCAAGGGGGUGUGUCACUGUACUCUCAACUCUGUGUUUGUAUGUGUGUGUGUGUGUUUGCAUUCAUGUUUCUGCGUUAAAGUUGCAUAUCUUCAAUGAUCACAGGGUCUAUAUUUUAUAUGACAGAAAGUCGCUAAAGUGCAAUUUUCCCCUCCUCCAAACUCUGAGCUUCUGUUAAUCUAUCCUGCAUUUCUUUGUUGAUCCAGAUGAGUCAUUUCCAACCAACAGUCUUAAAAAUGUCACUGCCGCUGCCUCCACAGUACUAAGAAAGCCUCAUGCUGCCAGAGUCAUAAAGUUCUCCAUUGUGCUUGUGUUGUUGCCUGACCCUCUUCGCUCCAUCUCCAUGGUAGAAGCUGAAGUGCUCCAGGCGCUCUGCAGUGGUCAGAGAUGCUUGUCGAAUGACAUAGACUUUGGCUGCAAACAUUUAAGCGGGGUGGGGUUCUUAAAUACUGCAAAGCAAUACUGUAACACUGCUGAUAGUCACAUGACCCUCUGGAGACUGAUUGCACAUGAGAGUUCCUUUAUUUUUACUAUAGUAUCAAAGUGCAGUUAGGGGAUGGACUCAUAACACGCACAUAUAGCACUUUAUGCAGUCCACUUUCAAAAAUCUGUCAUAAAAUGCAAUUUUUGGGAUCUUUAAGUACUCAAAACAAUAAAACCAUGAUCAAAUACUUCUGUGGAAUUACAGCUUAAUGUUUCUCAGGUGUCCACUGGGUUGUAUCAUGUGGCAUUGGUCAUCUCUUUUUGUUGCUCUGGGCUUUUACUUCCAUACUUUGGAGUGGAAAAAUGAAGAGAACAGAAGUGCAAAGGGUUGCCCCGUCAUGUAAAAAGACACCCCAACAUUUCAACAUCUCUGAGUCAGUCUAUUUGAGUCGGUUUUGAAUUUAAUGGCUGUCCUUUGAUCCCCGAUACCCUCAUUUAACACGUCACACUGCAAGAUUUACUGCAACAGGGGUGAGUUAGGGCAGAGCUUAAGUUAAUGUUUUUUUUUUCUUUUUGGUGGUUUUAAAAGCUAAAAACUAAAAUACCUUUUAAAAAACGACCAUGUUUGCAUCCGUCAGAUCAGUAAAAGAACUAAUGAUGUUACAAAAACCUCUCUCCUCACUCAGAUCCCAGUCGUUGUCAUUACCUCUAACAGCGCAAUUAUCUUCCGAUUUAUAAUUCCUAACUGCAGUACUUCUAUUUGUCCACUGUGUGGCGCCCUUCACUGGUGUUGCCUUGUUAUUGUGAACUUAAUCCUCACACACUGACAUAAAAAAUGAUGUGGUUGAGACUCACGUUGCCUUGAUGAAAUUGUGUUCAGCCAAAAUUAAGUAUUGAAGCUGUUCUCUGUGACGUUAUGACUAACUCACAGACCUUUAAAAAAUUAAAGGGCAGCGUCCUCCACAGUCAGCUUAAAUGGAUUUUUAUUCUUCUCAUUUUCCAGUCCGACACCGCGCUUGUGACAUUUUGCUUUUUGGAUGAAAUUCAGAUAUUAGAAAGCUGUGGGGAUGAGAUGUUUUAGUAAAAGUCAAACUAUCAGGGGAUUGUAGUUGAUGUCUGGAAAACCCCACACUCAUAUGGAAAUAUGGAAAAUAUGAUGAAAGUGUAUUAACUCAAUAAGCCACAUGAUUUCAGACUAUUGUAUCUGUCACAGCUUAAAAUAAUUAGGGGUUGUUAUAAUUUGUAUCAUAAUGCACAUUUCUGUGUUGAUUUUAAUAGAUUGAAAGAUUUAUCAGGGCAAUAGUAACUUUUUUUGCAUAUAAUGUUUAGAUUUCUCAGUAACGUGUCCUGAGAGUCUGGUCAAACUACAGUAAAUGUUAAGCCUGCAGGUGAUCCGAUGAUUGUAUUAUAAAAGGACUCAUUGCAUAAGUCGAUCAUGUUCAAACUCUAAAAAUCCACGAGUUAUGUAAUAACAAUUAAAGUGUAAUAGCCUGAGUGGGUGAUGAUCCUCCUCUCCCCUUAUUUGCCCUCUUUUUGUCAGGUUCAAAGCACAUCAUCUCUUUCCAAAUCUCAUCACACAAAUACACACACACACACACACGACAAGGACACACAGACCCAGAUUUAACAAACAGUGCAUGCUUUAGUUUACAACAGCCAGCCAUCAUAAUAAUAACAACAACAGAGGACACAUGUCGAUAGUCCAGUGUUCCUCUCUUGCUGUCAUUACAAAGUCAAUACAUACAGCAUAAUGGUGAUGUGUCCCAGCUUUACACUACAUUCAGCUUUACACAACAGCUUUAUCACCAAAAACAGGUGUUGUUUUAGGUAUAACAAAGCUAAUGCAAAUCAUAAAGAUGGAUGAAGACUUCAGUGAAGUUCCCACAGAACUGGCAACGUUGGUGAUCCGCAUUAUGUGACCUCUAUAUAUAAUAGAUGAGGCAUCAGAUUGUCUUAAGAACAAAACACUCUUCAACUAUUCAGACAAUGAUCUGUAUAUUUUAAAGCACCAAUGUUUACAUGAAAAUAAGUUUUAUAACACGAUAAACCUUUUUCCUCUCUCUUUGCUGCAGGACAAAAAGAUGAAUUAGAUCUUUAGCCAUCAGACUUUACAACUCUUCUCUAAAUAGUCGAUGACUUUUGACACAUGACAAGUGAGACUACAGACAAUUGAAUUUCCCUAAAGGAUAAAUUUAAGUUAUUCUCAUUCUUAUUCUUAUUCCUAAACCAUUUGAGAAUUAUCCAGACUUUCAAAAAUACAUUGUAUUCAGAUGUAAUAGAUCUAUAAGUCAUUUAAAACCAAACCAUAUAUUUCCCUCAACUCAACCAGCUGGUGACAAAGCUAACUAAACCAAACUUGAGUCAGAAAAACGCAAUUUUCUUGAGGGAAUAAGUAUUAUAAUGGAGCCCUAAACUGCAUUCCCCUGACUUAGUCUCCAAAUACAAUGAUACUGUCGGGGUUAACUUAGGCAGCUUUUAUAAACCCCUUUGAAUUUGCAUGUUAAAAACAGAAGUAGUGCACCUCAUCCACAAUGUAAUACUGGCACACUGUUUGAGCACACUGAGCAGGCUAGGGGAGGUAGUAAAGAAGAGGUGUAGUGGUGAGACAGCAUCACUGUAAAUGUCAGAGAAAGUAGGAAAGAGCAGCUUGUGCUUUUGUUUGCCUGCUUUACGUUCACAACCUUCUAGCUAAAAGAUAUGGGAUUAAUAAUAUGCUUUUUUUUUUAACUUCCUAACUUUUAACAGAUGAUAAAUCGAACUUUAAUAUACUAAGAUGUUAAUUACAUAAAAUGAACAGUUUAAAUGAAAUAGUACAAAUUCUUUGGGUUUGGCUUUUACAGAGUUGAUGAGCUUAGAGUUAAUCUCUACAUUUGCAAUCCCAUUAUGUAAUCACACACAACCACAAGGAAGAGCUACAUGAAACAUUGAUACUACAUCUCUGUUCAUAAAGGAUUUAGACUGUGCAUGCUCCACUUCAGAGACAAAGAAGCCGCUCCGUAAUAGAUUAUGGGUAAUAGGAUGACUUUCCUUCAACUCUCAGCUCAAGCUACUCAGAGAAUUGAGACGUAGGUGUCGCAGAGUGUUUAAGAGGGUGAGUGCAAACCUUCAUCAGCCAGAGUUAAACUCAAUGCCUCUCCUGUUUGGAAAAACCUCGGUACUGGAAAAGUUUUUUUUUUUUUAAAGCCCAGGGCUGAGACUUUUUUUCAGGACUAGAGAAAUGCAUCCAACCAUGAGCAAGUAUAGAGACACCAGUGUGCAUGAGAAGGCUGUUUGUGACCUUCUAGCUCCCUUAUUACGGCUCACAAACACACCAAGCAAACAGUCUAAACAACUACGCCCACCUGUUUUAGGCCCGUCCUCCUCUCCUCGUGGAAAAAUUCAAUGGUUUAAUGUGCUUCACAUGCUGUCAGAAGGCAUUGUUUUGAUGGGGCAUUGCCCUUAGAUAAACACUAUCCAAUCUCUUCAUGGGCUGGGACAACUGAAUACUUGUUUAUAAAAACAAAAAUCUGUGGAUUAUGACUCUGCAUAUAUUUUCCUUCCUUCCAGAAACAUUACAUAUUUGUGUUUUCUCUGUAGUCAGAGUUUUAUUUAAUAUGAGCAGUUUUUUAAUCAUCUUUUUGUUGGCUAUCAUUCAGUUCAUUCAAGUCAUUCUAGUGAAAUAAAUUUCAGCCAACUACAGUAUAAGACUAUAUGAGAAGCGAUUUGAUUUUGUUUGUGUUACAUCAGAUUUUGUUUGUGUUACAUCCACAGCUGCCUCAAUGGUUGUCUGUGGAACCACAGUGGGCAUUGCAGUGUUGAAAAGCAUAAAAUGUAGUAUGAAGCAAGAGAGAGAAACCUGAACAAAAUUCAAAAACACCAGUGAGUGACUGUCUCUGUGCUUGAAUGACUCUGUUUUAUGACUGUGUAAGAUCACUGACAAUAUAUUGUGUUGGUACAAAGCGAGUCAGAGAGCUGUUAAUUGGUUAUUAUCUGAAUGAGGGCGAACUUAUUAUCGAAAUCAGCUAACAGCUGUAAGCCAUGUUUGGUUUUAGCUUGAAGCUCAGGUGAAGAACUUUUAUUUUGUGUCAAUUUUGGUACCCCUUGUGGACAAAUCUGGUUUUUUUUAAUCUUGUCCAUUACAUGCUUAAGUAGAGUCUUCUGACAAAGUAGGGCUGGGCGAUAAACAAAAAAUUUACUGAUACUGAAAUUUGCGACAAUAAUCAAUGUCAUUUUGCCCAUAUUGGUAUAUUCAGUGUCAAAUAAAAGAAUAAAUAAAAGUUGGUUUUGGAUGUGUGUAGGUAGGCUAUGGUCUCAUGUCCUUUAAAGACACUGUCCUACAUCAGAGACGUGACUCCACCCGAUUCAGUCUGUAACAAAGAGGGAAGGACAGGUGAGGAGAUGGAGGACGGUUCAAAAGUUGUAGCUGCUGAAGUAGACGAAGUUAAUGUGGGAGUGGGUGAACAGCUUGCGGAGUAGUUAUCGUCCAUUUAUCAUUAUCGAGGUGAACUGCUCAAUAUAUCAUGAUAUUGAUUUGAGGCCAUAUCGCCCAGCCCAAUGACAGAGUCUGAUUUUGACAGUCAAAAGGAGUGUUUAUUGUGGAUAUUUUAUGUGGAAAUUUUCUUCGGGUGUUGUUUCUUAAGCUGUUUGGCUGUCACCUACCACCUCAUAAAUAUUGUGCACCUCGAAGCUGAUGGUCUUGCUUGCAUAUAUAAGUCAUAAAAACAUCAAAUUGAAUUUCAGCCUAUUUCAUCAAUCAAUUUUUAUUUUUAUAUAUUAUAUCACAACAGUAAUGGGUUUUUUUUCUAUAGCGUCAUGCUCACAAUGUUUACACCAAGAUGGUAAUAUUUAUCCGCGACAAUGUUUGCUAUUAUCACAGUCUGAGUUUAAUUUGUCAUACUAAUACGCAAAUAAUUAAACAGAAGUACAGUGAAAGCUUAGAGGAGCCCAUUGUUUUGAGAAAAAAAUAAACCGUUUUUUUUUUACCUCUGAGAAAAGAUGGAGAUCCAUGAAAUAAGCUAAAAUUAUCCUGAGGAACAAAAAAGUCUGCUUUAACCCUCAGUUCUUGUUAAUUUUAUGCUCUGUUCAGCCUACUUUGUCCCCAAAACAGACAUGCAGAUAAGUGUUCAUAAAAUAAUCAUUUUUUAACAUUUUUUCCUACUUUUUUCGACUCAUAUCUCUUAAACAACUUUAACCCUAACCAUUUAAAAAAUACAAAUAGAAAUUUCGAUGUAUUACCCUCUUUAUGCCAGUUUUUGUGCGCUAUGUCACUGCUAUUUUUAAUGAUAAAAAACACAAAAUCACCAUAUUUCCCAUAUAAAAUGACCUAGAUUAUUUUUUUUAAUAAAUAGGGUCUGGGCCGUGUCAAUGAUGACAAGUAAAACGGAUUUUACUGAUCAUUUAAAUUCUUUUUGUAAUGCCAAUUUUUUUGUAUUUGAAGCUCCAUUCAUUUUUAAUAUUAAGAAAAAUAAGAAGUCUCACCAAAUUUGAUGCCCUAAUCCUUAAAAAUGCGUCUGUCAGCUCAAAAUAAAGAUGAAAAAAAUGACAAAUGCCUCAAAAUGGACAUAGUAGGAACCGAGGGUUAAAGUAAAAAACCUAUAUUAGUAAUUGCUGUCAACAAAAAAACCCUCACAAUUUUAAGAGAGACUCAUAUUCAAUUGCGUUACCUGUGACCACAGAGCACAUUAGAUGGGGCUGGCUGCGCAGAAGUCUGCGUGUUUCUCAUCAUCUUAGCUGACUGAGACAGAAUCAGGACAAGUUAAAAGACAAGACAAUAGGAGGCCUUUAGAUUCAGUGAGACAUGACAGGUGCUUUUAUACGAGCGGCUGAAUAUACGGCAGGUAGGGCAUCAGUGCUCAUGCUAGUGUGUCAAAGGGCUGGUGUGCAUCUGUUCUGACAGCAGCACAGAGCCAGUGACCGUCCACUGCUUCAGAUUAUGCAAACCUGAGAGAAAAUGCCUUGAGACACAUGAAAUGUUAAAGCUAAAUAUGUCACAACUGCAUACUGAGUGGAGCCUGCAUUCAUAAGGCGUCAGUCUCCUCACAACAAUGCCAGCUCUGUUCAUUUUGGGUAAAAAUGAUCAGAUUUGACUCUCUUGUGUGUCCGCAGCUUGCCAAAGCAGAGGGCCACGCCUUCACAGAGAGAAGCUUCAAGAGGAAACGAGUGUGUGACGUGUGCAAGCAGAACAUCGACAACCCGGGGGCGUUCUGCAAAGGUGAGUCCGCAUCCCAGAAAGGUCACACUGCAGACCCAAAGCGACAACACUGACAUACACCUAGACCUGACAUUGAUGAGCUCACCCUGACUGUCCUCUCAGCGUCUCUGUCAAAGCGGACUGUCAGACCAAAUCAUGUCCCUCUCUUCUGUGUUCUCACUGUCUGCAGAGUGCAAGGUGGCAGUUCACAAGACAUGUGAAGCCAAGGUAAGCUCCAUGUUUCUCCACUGAAUUCAUGACAAAUUUAACACUUAACCUCACCUCCAUCUGGAGAAAAGUAUGUUCCUGUGUCAGCACUAUGUCAGAGGUUCCUAUGUAAAUAUGCUGUUAGUCUUAAGUGGAGUUAACCAUGUGCACUGACCUACAUCUCUGGUUAAAGAUGGCCUCCAUCUGAACCGCAAACAUCAAGGUCACUCCAGAUGAUUCAGUCAUGUAGUAGCACAGAAAAAAAUCCUCCCCAGAAUCCCCAAUUCAGCUUGUUAUUGGAAACAUUUGUGCUAAUCAAAAAAUAAUAUUUCAUUAACAUUCAUUGGUGUUGUUUUUGCAAAGAUCUCCUGGGCUGAUCUGAGGAGGGCAGCAGUGAGCUUUUGAGGCGUCUCUGUGAGGGUCAGAAGAGGAGAAAGCUUCAAGAAGUAGCACAGCUUAGGGAGAUGGCACCUUACAGAGAGGAUUAUUUCAAAUCUGAGUUCAGGAUUGUGACUUAAGGAAUCUGAAUCUCCUUCAAAGGGCCUUUUCUUUUUCUUUUCUAUCACUUCUCUGGCAAACAAUCCCUCUGUAUUUGCAGCAUAAUAUUAUGUAGCUGUGAGCUUUGACCCCCUCCCCCACUCAUGCUUUUCGCAGCAGAUGUUUGGGGUGAUUAAAGUUAAAUUUUGCAUACUUUAAAAAUAUUUUAAAAUUGCAUUUAUUAAAAUAAGAAUAUUUUUGGAGUGUUGGUUGGCCUAGCAGCUUAAUGUACUGAGGCAUUAGUCCUUGUCAUUCUCGUCAUUGGUUUAACUCACAGCCAUCAAUCAGUCUUUAACUCUAUAGCACUUUUCAUACACGAAUAAAACAGAAAAAAGUAAUAAAAGAAACAAAGAAUACCUAAAUCUACCCCAGCCCAACCCCUCAUUCCCACCCCAAGAUCUACACGCAACAGAAACAGUAUUAAAAUGCAUUAACUUAAAAAGGGCUUGAUUUUGUGGAAACGUGAAUGUGCGCACUGAGGAAACGCUAUUUUAAACUUUUUUAAAAGGAAACUCUGGAGGUUUAUGUUAAAAUGUAAAAACAAAGUAACAGAGUGAAGUUUAAGAAAUAAUAAAUAAAAUGCAAGUUAAAGAUACUAAAAUUAGAACACCAAAAAAGACGAUCCUGUCAUUAAAACUAGAAAAAGAUAAAUGCUAAAACACUUAAACAAAGUGAAUGAUAUAAAAUUUAGUUAGAAGCAAGACUGAAAAGGUAUGUUUUCAAAUCAUUAAGCCAUGACUCUUUCCUGCAGGUCACACUCUUUCCCUGAUUUUUCCUGUCUGUCUCAGCUGUCCUACAUAAAAAAAAGAAACUUAGGAAAAGAAAUAACACACAUACUGUCAGCUGUAGCUUACAGCUUGGACAGUACAUAAAUUGCCUUUUAAUAAACUACAACAACUUUGAAAGAACACAAAACAUAUCUGUGCUGACAAAGAACAGAGUGAAAAAACACACAGAUGUGCAGCUCUAACAGUCUGUUGAAAAUGUUACCAGUUAAAAUAAGUUGGACAAAAAUGCCCCUGAAUAAGUAAAUAUGGUCAAGCACUCAGACCAGCUCAUGCAUUCGGGAGUCUGUUGAAAGUGGGAACAAAGCUUGAUGUGGCGUGCUUUGUCGUGAGAGACCUGUGCAGCCUAAAGGAAGUCAAAUGUCUGUAGGUUGUGUGGUGUGUGCGAGGCUAUCUGCAGUCUUACAUUUCAGUCCAUCUGCUGUAAGUUGUACCAACAGUCACAUCUGAUGAUCUUUACUGUUUAUUCUUAUUUUUUUAUUUUUUUAUUGUUUUUGAUAGCAAACCAUUUUAGCAUUGUGGAGCCAAAUUGCAGAGCAUGUUCUUGCAUUGCAUCAGUGAUGCGGAUGAGGUGUACAGAAUCAAAAUGAAAUGGUUUCUUCUCAUUGUUGUGCACUACUAACAUUGGCAGCAGCCACUUCUUCUCUCCUCUGACCUCUCAGCUCACAGCAGCUCAGUAUCAUCACACUGAGUGACCUUGCUGUAACUGUGCCGUUGUGCGUCUCCGUCCAACAGCACAAACAAAUGGAAAAAAGCAGCGCAUUUGCACCGUCUCUUUUUGUCUGCAGCUCUUCAGGUCAGCAUAAAUCCUGUAGGAUUUAUGACUGGGGGGGGGCAAAGUUUACCCUCCUAUCCCCUCUUUUCACACACACACACACACACACACACACACCGUAAUAUUGUACGACUAGGCACUACCAGCUGUUGUGCCUUAGCAGCAUGUAUCAAAAGAGGAUUAUUAUUUUUGUCAUACUCGUCUCCCUGGUCACCACGGUGAUAGCCAAAAACAACUCACUGUGGCUACAGAAGAGGCAGGCGCCGUGUCGACCAGAAGUGGACAUCGUCACACAGGACGAUGAUCAAUGUGGAGAGAAGAAGUCUGAGCGGGUAUAUAUAGAAAAUUACAAGAGUGCCGUAGAUGCCUGCCAGUGAGUGUGAUCUGUGGGGGGAUACAAAUAAGGGAGAGGCAGCUGGGGAGGCAGACUGUGUGUGUGUGUGUGUGUGUGUGUGUGUGUGUGUGUGUGUGUGUGUGUGUGUGUGUGUGUGUGUGUGUGUGUGUGUGUGUGUAAAGAGUGCCUUUUGGGGGUAUUCAUAAAUAAAGGGGGAACAUUAGGUCAAGGCUGUGAAUUGCUGUCUGCCUCUUGUCACGCUAUGCUCUCCCUGUAUCAUGAGGGUUAUGUGCGUCUCAUAUGUCAUCAUAUUACUCCUUAUCUUUUAUAAUUCUUUCAUCUCUUGCAUCCCACUGUCAUCAUCUAUCUUUUUUACCUUCAUUCUCUUAGAUAUCUUCUUUUCCUGAUAUUUUAUUCUCAUACCUUUAUCUUUCCCCUCCUCUUCUGAGGCAUUUUUCUCUUUUUAUGUUAAAAUGCCUUUAUCAGUGUAAUUCUAGCCGAAUCUCCAUAUCAUUCAUUACUGAAGUUAUAUUGCCCUGCAGCAUCUUUUCAUCUGUCUGUUUCGGGCUCCUGUCAUUUUUCUCUCUGGUUAGUGCACAUCAGCACCCCGUGCCUCUGCAGGGCUGCCCCCUGUUUGCAUGUGCCGCACUGAUGUGUACAUGAGUGCAUGUGCAAAGGGAAAGUGCUCAGUGACGCGCCUUAUGGUCUCUGUGUGUACGACAGAGGCAGAGCAUGAGGGGGAAAGCUGUGCUGCAUGUGCUGCUGGCACAGUGGGACAGUGUGUUAUCAUGAGAGGGAGGGAGGGAGCUGGUUGAGUGAGUGAGUGAGAAAGAGAGAGUGAGCAGAGAGCUUGUAUGAGAGGGAGAGAGGGAGGUUUUUGUAUCCCACUCUACAGACAGGACUGCUCGGAGUCAGAGGGAAACACUGAAGCUGCUUGUUGAGAGGUAAAAUCACUCUCUGUGCUGUAUUUAUUUUGUACUGCUGUUAGGGUUUACUCAUAAAUAUGCAGCUUUCAUAUACUUAGGGCAUCUUUUAUUUUUCGCUGAGCAGCAGUUUUAUAACCCUCUAGCCUCUUCCCAGUGUUUGCUCUGAUAAUGCGGCAUGUGAUUGUGCAUAUUACUCCAUUAAAGCUGUAAGUCAGAGCGCUCCUGCUUUGCCAGGAGAGAGGAUUUCAUUUACUGUGAUUAAGGCAAGUGCAGAAACGAAGCAAAGACCCCCGCUGUGACCUAUAAAAAAUACAGAGAUUUUAAUUUUUAAUACCAGAGAGUGAAUGUAUAAGAUUUACUUUUUAAUGACUUAGUUUUGUCCAUAUGUGCAUGUUGGCAGGAUAGAAUCUGUACUUGGAGCCUGUAUGCUACCUUAAAUGCCGGUUUGGGGUAUAGAUGAGUGUGUGUAUGUGUGUGUGCAGUGCUUGUGUAUGUGUUGGCAUCAGUUCCUCUACUUCUUUUCUGUGUGUACUAGUGUAUACUUAUACAUCUGCAUGCAUGCAAACUUUUCUUGCCUUCAAUUUCAUCUCGACCAUGAUAACUUGUGUGGUAUAUACAAUAGGUACUGUAUACUGUAUGGAAUUACAUUGCAUUUUCCCACAUUACUUCUGCAUCUAUUUACCUUAACACCAUCUACAUGCAUUUUUGCCACAUGUGUAAUUUCUACCAUGUGACACCCAGCAUAAACAAAUGGCUGCAUAUCAGCCCCAGUCUAACAUCAUGGAGAAGACUUUAAUCUUGCACAGAUGGUUUCACUGUGUGUUCAUACACACCAGCUGUUCUGCUAAUGUUUCAUGCUGAUUUAUAAACUGAUAUAGAUAUCAUGAUAAUACACUAUAGUGGAACCUGAGUUUAUGUAAUAAGUACUUGUAGUACAUUAUAACGCAGACCAAUUGUCCUGAUUAGUACCAGUGAAGCUAAAACAGAAUUGCAACACUGCAUGCAAAGUUUUCUUUCUAUCAUCACAAUGUAUCUAAGAAAUAAUCUGAAUAUUUAUCAACCUGAUUUACCCCUAGUUGUUGGGAAUUUUUUUUGGUACCUGUUUUGCUUUGAGCAAUAUGGCAUAGUGCCAAGCUUUUCUUGUCUGGUUGUCUCACCUCAGACGACAUGUUAUCCUAGUAGCUCCGUGUGUUGUUGUUUGGCAGUGACAAAGUAAAAACCAAAAGAGUUGACAGAGGGAGAGUAAUAAAGAGAGUCGUCUAAGCCCAGGAUGUAAGCAGAAAGUCCUGUCAUUAACAGAUGUGUUGAGCCAUCGACGUAUGGAUGUCACAUUAUUGUUACUUUUUAUAACCACUGACGACAUGGCGCGCUGUGUACAAAUAGUUCUCAUGCUUGAAUAAACUUGACUGCUCAGCUUGUCUUAUUAACAAUAAAGUAUCACACAGCUUAAACACACACAUACACACAGGCAUGCAUGCAAAUGCAGGGUUUACAUUUACCCAGUGCCUUUAAUUUCCUGAGAGCGUAAGCUAAGUGAUAAGUGCACAGCCAGUGUUGCUUAAUAUUCCAGGAAUUAGACAGCUUUUAUGUUAGUGGGAUCAUAAAAGUGUCAUUUAUCAUCAGUUAAGCAUGAAAGUUACAUAAAAGACAGAUGCAGACACUUAGUUGUUAUAAAUGUGUAAGAUAUUUGUGGACAUUUUUUGAAAUGUUGUGGGCAAAGUAUCAUGGACCAAAUUCAGAUGUGUGAUAUGAAGAUUCUUCCACAGGAGACACAGCUGUAACACAGAUCUAUUUACAGAUCUAUCAAAAUGUCACCGGCUGGUGCCAGUACAGCAAGUGGACUUUAGAGAAGACGGACAGACAAUUAGACAAAGUGAACCUUUAAGUGAUCUGGUUCAAAGGGACAAAUGAUCUAAAAUAAGAACCUCCAUUAAAAUAGCUUUGUGAAAUCUCUCUACACUGUGUCAUUGGUUUGUAUGUUCAGCUGUUGACAUCCCUCUCACGUCAAGGCUUGCGCUCUAUUACUUUGUUUCUGUUUACCUCUUUUCUGUCUGCCCUCCUAUUUUGCUGAUGCCUUAUUCCCUUCAUUCGAGCUCUGUGUAGAUCACUGCUCCCUGGACAGAUUUUGCUGUAAACCUUCAUCCAUACCGCCUCUUUUUCUCAAAGGCUGGUUGUCAUCUGUGACUUGCCCCAACCACGUGCGACGCUUAUCGAGGUGUCCUCUGUCAUCUAAUGUUGUUGAUUCAGAGCAAUAGGACAUUCUUGUAUCUCACGGCGGGAAUGAUUGUAGUUAUCCUGUCCCCAGGCACUGUAAGAUGAGAAAAAGAGAGACAGUGUGAGGCUGCAGUUUAAGUGGCAUUAUGCAGGGGGGGGGCAGGAAACACAAAAAUGGGGAUCAAAGAUGAGAGGAAACCAGAAAAAAAUGUCGAGCGAUAAUAAGAAGAGAAGAAAGAGGGAAUGCUAUACUUUCAUGUAAAUCCUCCUAAAUCACAGCCACUCCUAAAUUUGCCCUCUGGUAGCUUUGCUGAAAUGUUAAUAGUCGUUCCAAAAAAAUUAAAGCCUCAGAGUUUUAUUUUAGCUUCUUGGGAUUUUCUGUGAGACUAUGGAAUUUGGAAUAAGCAGUGGUUAUUUAGCUUUUCCAAUUUCAAACAGGAAGGCUUACUCACUUCUCCCUCUCCAGAGUGUGAUGUCAGAUCUGAGGUGCCUGUCAGGAUGAAACUCACUCCUCCUGGACUGCAAACUGACGCCUCUGUCUUUAACACUCACAUGUAUCUCCAGCUUCCCUAAAACUGACUCAGCUGCUCCAGCACAGCACUGUGUUGGACUUCCUCUCCUUUGGAAAGGAAUGAUGAUUUAUGAUGUGGCAGUAAAAACUUAUGAGAUUCACGCUGCAGUAAAUCUGUGGUCGGGCAGCUUCACAGCAAGAAACACUUAAAGAGUUUUCAUGUUGAUAAACGCUCAUUAAUCUGUCAGAUCCUUUUUUCAAUCAGAAAGGAUGUAAACUUUAUCUAAAGGAGAAGUUAAAACUAGGCAAUUUCCAAAACAACCCAUAUACCACUUAAAAACUUUUUGUCCAAUAAAGCCAGUAAGUGAAGGAAAGUAACAGUCUGUUUGCAUAAAAUAGCAUGAGGAUGAAAAACAGGAGGAAAUCUAAGGAGAGGUACUGUGCCAUGUUGUCUUCAAACUUAAAGGGAUAUUCCGGCAUAAAAUUAGGUUAGGGUCAAACACACCAUACCACAGAGUUAGACACACCCUCAAGAGAUGAAUGUUGCCGACCGCUUGCUUCUCUAGUUAUACGGACUUUGAUAACAACCGCACAAUAGUAAUACACAGCGGUCUGAGGAGCCAUAAACAAACCUUAACCAAAAAGCCACUCUAUAGCCACAAAUAAUGCUCAGAACAGCACCUAACUUCAUCAACAGUACAUAAAGGGUCCCAGUCAUAGCACUAGCCACCAAACAUCUUUUUAGCUUUGCCUGAUUUCUUAAGCAAAGAGACUAAACACAACUCACCUACUCUCCUCCAGCAGCCACUUGUUUGUAGCAAGACCUUGGGACAGUCCAUUACAGACUGCUGCGGGGUGACACAGCUCUAAGAAGAACAUUUAUGAUCAUUUCUUCAUGGAAAUGCAAUCAUCACCCCGCAGCAGUCUGUAAUGGACUGUCCCGAGGUCUCGCUACAAACAAGCAGCUGCUGGAGGAGAGUAGGUGAGUUGUGUUUAGUCUCUUUGCUUAAGAAAUCAGGCAAAGCUAAAAAGAUGUUUGGUGGCUAGUGCUAUGGCUGGGACCCUAUAUAUUCACUGUUGAUGAGGUUAGGUGCUGUUCUGAGCAUCAUUUGUGGCUAUAAAGUGGCUUUUUGGUUGAGGUUUGUGUGUGGCUCCUGAGACCGCUGUGUAUUGCUAUCCUGCGGUCAUUACUAAAGUUGGCAUAGAGAAGCAAGUGGUCGGCAACAUUCAUCUCUCGAGGGGAUGUCUAACUAGGUGUUACGGUGUGUUUGACCCUAAAUUGAUUUUACGCCUGAAUAUCCCUUUAAGACAUAUUUAAGUUGUAUUUUUCCAUUUCUCAUAAUGUGCUUUGCUUUGUCAACAAACUGUUGGCAACAGAUUCAUACUGAUACCCAGCUCAGAAACUGUUGACUUUGGUGGUUUUUAAUUGUGUUGAUGGCUUUAUUUUGUAGGAGGACAAGCUAAGCUAGCAGGUGAUUAGCUGACCAAAUCUGGAAAAGGGGGCAAACAGCUUGUCGAGUUCCUCCAGGAAAGUAGUGCCCUACCAGUUCCUCUAAGCAAUGAUGUUUUAUUAAUUUCUUUUAAAAGGGUUCAUGGCUGUGUGUCCCCUUUAUGCUUCAGAGUUUUUUGCUAUGCUAUUCAUCUGCUGACAGGAGCUCCUCAUAGAGAUAAGAAAUUUAUGCUUUUAUCUAACUUUGGGCAAGACUGUGAAAAAGCAAAAGCGAACUAGAUGAGUUGAAAGUCACACAGCAAGCUAAAACUUUGUCACGUUUGCUACUUUAGCUUGAUGAAUGGUUUCAACAUUUUAUUUGAUAAACAAGGCUAAGUGAUCCAUUCAACAGACCGGGCAUCCGGUCCACUAACAGCCGCUCAGUCCCUGAGGGCGUCGUUCAGUGCUGUCAUUGGCACCUCACUAAAUGCUAGCUGAUGAACAAGACAAACUGAACCAGAUGGCUCCUUUCCCUGUGGCUCCAGCGUGCAGUCCAUGCAUUAAUGAAGAGCCCGAGGCUGGCAGAGCUACCAAAGACACGUGUUUACACUAUGCAUGUGAGUGUGUGUGCGUGUGUGCAUGUGUGUGUGUGUGUGUUUUUUGUAUGUGCUUGUGUACAUGUGAACCUGGGUUGACCAGCCCUGACAUCCUGUUGCAAAUUGUUUCCUGUUGACUCUGGUGUUUUCUCCCUCAGCCUUCAUGCUGCACAUCUCUUCUGUCUGUCUUUAGACCAUCCUUGUCUCGUAUGUGUGUAUGUGUUUGUGUGUGUGUUUAUGUUUUUCGUUGGAGUGUCAGUAUACAUGUGUAUGUUGUGUCUGUCUCCUACUGUUCCUUCCUGGAGCAGACCACUUUAUCCACUUAACCACUGUUAUUAAGCCUAUUAAGAGACAAGUUCUCCCCUAUGGCUGGAUCUCUGUGUUUUUUCAUUUCCUACUGCAGGUUUUGUAACAUGUCUGUGAUCUGUGUUUGUACAUUUAUACAAGCAGAGUAUGGAGGAUGGUUACUUCCUGUUUUGGUAUGUGAAAAGAACUGAUUAACUCAGGCACAGAUGUGCAUGUUACAGAAAUCAUACCCAGAUAACAAAAAAUAAAAACAAACAAACGAGAGUUAUUGUCAGUGUUUCUCAGACCCGUGACAGUAUCCACAUGAUGAUGGCUUUAUUUUGUCAUGCCAGCAGUAGCAUAUUAAGAUGAAUUUUCUCUGCCGUGCAGUAACCAAUCAUCAUGCCCUCUAGCUCUUCGGUUUCCCCUCGUACUUACUCCUCCCUGGUUCCCAUGUCUGUUCAUGUUUCUAUCCUUCUUCACAUCCAAGUGCUCCAUUAGUCUUGUGUAAUGUUGUGUGAUGUUCCCAUUUUGUGCAUCACAGUGAAAAAGACAGUUAUCGUUUCGGCUUUGAGCUAAAAACUCAUAACCAUUAUCAUCUUUUAGAACAUGCAUUAGGAGGGCUAUUAUACAUACUUUAUAAUGCUUUAUACCUGACAUAAUUGUUCCUCAGUCAAUGCCUUGUUGUGAAAUGAAGCUGAAGUGUGAGUACAUGACGAACAGCCACUGGACUACUGCAGAUGAAUCAACUUCAAAUGUCUGAGGCUGCUAGUGGAAAUACUGUUACAGUUACAUUAUCUUGGACCUCGAAUCAAAAUCACUUGACAAUCAAGUAUGUUGAGCAUUAGUUGCCUGUAUUAAGAUGAAAGGUACAGGAUGUCAUAUUUAGUGGUAUUUAGCAGAACAGACUUGAUAGAAAUUCAAGUACAAUAUUCAUAAAUAUGUUGAAAUUAGGGUAUAGCAAAUUUUGUCAUGAUAACUUAGGAUGAGCCGUCUGUACCUACUUAUAUGGUAGGUUUCCUGAAACAGAGGCCACCAUCUUGCACUGCCAUGUUUCUACAAACGCACACAUGGGAUAAACCAGCAAGGACCAUGUGUGUUUUUGUAUUUUGAAAGAAAAAAAUUAAAAAAAAGGAUGAUAUUUAUCUUGCAUCACGGCAGUUUCUUGUCCUCAAAAGACUCCUCUGGAGCAUCAAUGAUGGGAGGAAUGAGUAAGGGACUGACCAUUGAGUUUGACUAAAUAUUUCCAUUUCUGCCUUUAAAGUGUAACAAAGGAUGGUUUAUGGGUUGAUCAUAAAAUCAAUAUAUGCCUGGAAGUUAGGAAACCUUGCUGAAAUGUCCCUCGCUGAGGUUCUGGUUUAGCUCCAUUGGUUGAGCAGGCACCGUCGAUAUAGAGGAUAUAGUCUAGUAGACACAUUAGUUACACGUCUAACUACAAGCUUUUCAACCCCAUAUACGCUCUUCUUCCUACAUUGCCUAACUUUCUCCAGCUGUCCUAUCCAACAGAAACAAUAAAAGCCCCAAAACCACCAGCAGAAAUGUCUCUUAUCAUAGACUGGUUUGUUCUGUCAACAAGGUAGCUCUGGUUCAUGUAUUUCAGCUCGGUUACUGUUGGUUGUGUAAGUCAUAGAUCAUUGUGAUUGUCAGGCAUUUGACUCAUUAACCUGUUGCCUGACGCCUGUCAGCACUGGCCUCAGAGGGCAGCUCAGCUGUCAGUCAACUUUAUGGGAGAGUUCACAGGUCAAAAGUUGACAGUGUGUCACCUGUCUAGGUUUACAGUUGAAGCUUAUUGUUGUUGUUGAGUUCUUUCUCUUUUCAUUUCCUUCUUGCAAUCAUUGCACUCUCUUAUCCUGCCAUUGUUAUACAUUUACUGUGAUUUGUGUAGCCUGUUUACUUUACAUUAAGAGUGUAGUACACUUGAGAAUCCAGGUUUCACUCCUUUCCUUGUACGAAAUAUUCUGUAGAGGACAAAAGUACAGAAACCCGUUCGUGUCUAUUUGUAGAGUGUUGUGGCUAUUUGGAUGACCUCAGCUCUCCUUGCUCUGUUUCUGUGUAUACGUGUGUUUGAGGUUUUGGCAAGUUGUUGUUGGCUCUCACCAGCAGAAAACCAGGACUGCACGCCACAUGUCUAGUCUUCUCCCAGUAAACUUGAGCCAUCCCUCUCCUUCCUGCUUCUUUACGAGGUCCACAACACAAUUAGCUUUUUCAUGAAGUACUUCUUAAUACACUGCGGAUGUUACAGCAGAAAAAUAAUUUAAAUUAGUCUGUGCCAUAUCCUCAGAAUUAAAAGUGUGUUCAGUAAACUUCAGUGCCUGUUGGCCUGAACCAGGCUCUGUCUGUAUUUGUGUGCUUGUGUGUAUUUUUGUCACUAACCCGUCAUGUGGAGCAGCCAAAUCAUUGUGGACAGCCUCUUCCUCAAACCAGCUGCUGCAGACUGCAGAGAGGAAAGUGAGAAUGAAUGAGCUAUCCUCUCCAUCAUCUCUUCAUCCCCUCAUCCUUUCAUCCCUUCAUCUGCACUGCUGGAGCGAGACCAAGAGCAUUAAACCAAACACAUGACUUGGCAUGUGCAGCUUCAUUCCUGAUGUGUUGAUGUGUCCAUAUGGUUGUGUUCAAAAUCAACCAUGUCUCAUCCAUUUUCUUUCAGGUAUCUCAUACCUGUGCCUCAACGCCAGACCUGGUAAGUGUGUAACCAUGAACUCGUGAAAAAAACUAGCUUUAUAUGAUAUUAUGCAUUAAUCAUUUCAGGGUUUCUUUCUUUCAUUCUUUGUGUCUCAGCACGGCUCCACUAAAUCCACACCCCAAAAGAAGAGAGGCUCCCUACCCAGGUAAAGAGAAGUCUAAAUGUCAUGAUAAUAGAUACACAACCAUUUAAUAUACAAUAAACAUUAUAGAAUUUAAACUCUGACCUCUGAAGUGCUGCACUAAAGCAAUAAAUCCUUAAAAUUUCAGGAGUAAAAGUGUGGAAAAAGUGAUGGAGCAUGUGAUGGAGCAUCACUAUGACUUUGACCUCACCUACAUCACAGAGAGGAUCAUCUCUGUCUUCUUCCUGCCGGACCUGCAGGAGGAGCGAUACCGCAGAAACCUACAGGAGGUGGCCUCCAUGCUGAAGUCAAAGCACCAAGACAAGUUUCUUGUAGGUCGUCAAACAAUCAAAUUUUUAAACCUUAAGUAGCAAUGAGUCUUCAAAAUGAAAGAAAAAAAUGUAAAAAGUCCAAUGAAAGUUCAGGUUUUACUGCAUCCAGCAUCUACAGAAUAAAAAUUUCAUUCGUUGUUAUUGGCUAAAAAAAACACCUUGUUCCUUUAUAUACUUGAUUCAUUAUUUUCUUUCUUUCUUCGUGUUGUAGUGAAAAACAUAUUUGUGGCAACAUAUUUUUUUCCCUGGCUUUUCCAGCUGCUGAAUCUAUCAGAGAAGAGACAUGACAUCACCAGAUUGAACCCAAAGGUGAAGGCAUACUAAAACAAUUAAAAAAAUAUAAAUUAAAUCUGACACCACUUUCUUUUUUUUUUUUUACCUCUGGGUACAUUGAAAUGUUUGACUGAUUUAAAAAGCACGACUUUGAAACAUCUUUCUCUCCCUGUGGUUCAGGUGCAGGACUUCGGCUGGCCUGAUCUUCACGCCCCACCCCUGGACAGAAUCUGCGCUGUGUGCAAAGCCAUGGAGACCUGGCUGUCUGCUGACCCCCUCAACGUGGUGGUUCUUCACUGCAGGGUCAGCGCCACUCCAGUACAGUUUUCAGAAACGCAAAGCAGGGGGGAGAGAGAGAAGAGUGAGGUUGUUUAACCAUCACUUUGCCUUGUGUUCUGACAGGGACACAAAGGGAAGACAGGGGUCAUCGUGGCAGCCUACAUGCACUACAGCAAAAUUUCAGCUGGGUAAUCUGCAUCACUGUUGAUCUACAAAAUUGAUCUUUCCAGAUGCGUGAAGAUCAAUUAUGUGCAGUAUACUGAGUCUGUAUAUUGAACGGUCUAGAUUCUAUAUAUUUUUAGACAGAAUUUAGACGUUGCUUUACUUUAACCCAUUAUUCAAUAACUAUUUAUUUCAAAAAGCAACUGUGAGUUGCAUAACUGAUCUCCAAGUAUUCAACCAAAAUAAUUAUGAUAGCCAUUGAGCAGUAUACAGUUAGAGCUCUGUUAACUGGCUAGUCUACACUUGGUCUAAAUUUAGACAUCUAAAAAUCUUUCAUUUUAGACCAGUCACCUAGGCUACAUUUAGACAUCUAUUAGACCUCUUUUAGACCAAAAAAUGCUCAGUGGGUAGCUAUUGAUUACCUUCAACAGAACCCUUGACCUUUAAAACCUCCUGUUACCUCUUAAUUUUCACUUGCAUGGACAUGAACUGAAGCAUAACUAAAAAGCAUCUGUGGAUCUGUCCACAGAGCGGAUCAGGCUCUCAGCACUCUGGCGAUGAGAAAGUUCUGUGAAGACAAAGUCUCCUCUUCCCUACAGCCUUCUCAGAACAGGUACAAUGCCUCUCUGUAUGUACACCCUCCUCUGAUUUGUGUCAUUACUGCUUCUGCUCUUAACACAUUUUCUACACCUCUCCUCUCCAGGUACAUCUACUACUUUGGAGGUUUACUGUCAGGUACCAUCAAAAUGAACAGCAGCCCUUUGUUCCUACACCAGAUCCUCAUUCCAUCACUACCAAACUUUCAAGUAGGAGGAGGUCAGCAAUCUUAAUCAAGAGAUAGCAGUUUUAUAAUUAUAAGAGCUCCCCUUCUUUUUUAAUUACUCGUCUCGUUUGAAAUUAUCUCAUCAACCUCCUUCUGUCUUUUCAGGGUAUUACCCUUUCCUGAAAAUCUACCAGUCUCUUCAGUUGGUCUACACCUCGGGUGUCUAGUAAGUACAAAACAUCACAUGAGCAGAUCUUUUUUUUCUCUCUGUGACAGAUGUUGUAUGUACAGACCACGGUCUGUGUUUAUGUGUAGGCUGGUCAGUGCUUACAUUCAGGUUAAUGUUGUUUACUUCUGUUUUAUCCAGCUGAGACAUGUUUGGACUGGUUUUAUGUAUGUGUUAAACUGAUGUGCUGCUGUGCUUUCAUUUUAUUUCAAUUCUGUGUGUGCGUGUGUGUGUCCAGUGACCCCCAGAGCUCCAGGGCAAGGAAGUUGUGUAUAACAAUGGAACCAGCACUGUUACUAAAGGGGGACAUUAUGGUAAGGAAUGUCUUAUCAUGAAUUGUGUGCCACCAAUCAGAAAACUGUUUUAUUCUAUGAAAUCUCAUCCACUGACACACUUAAAGACUGUCACUGAAAUAACUCAGCUUCUUUUCAGCUUAAUCCUGCAGUCGAAGUCUCCCAUUCCUAUUACCAGACUGCUGGCUCUGAUACACUUUCAAAUCUUUUCCUUUGAAAGUACUGGAUUAUUUUUAAACCACUUAAGCUACAAAUCCUCUGUGGACUAUGAAAAUGCGCACUUGAUUAUUUUCUUGCGUUGUCUUGCAUGUCUCGCUGAGACGGUUAAAAGGCUUCAGAGCCCUUAGGGACCUCGAAAGAAAUACAGUGACGACUACCAAAUUAAGCUCAAAGAAUACUGUGGAAAGUGGAUGAAAAUGGGCUAUAUUUGUGUUUUUGUACUUCUAUGUCAUCACUUUGAGACAUUCCUUGUAUUUUUGCAUCUCACCAUAUUGCUCUAGGUGAAGUGCUACCAUCGGAGGAGUCAAGCAGCAGAGAGGGAGGUGGUGUUUAGAGUCCAGUACCACACCUGCACUGUUCAUGGAGCCCAGCUGUGGUUUGGCAAGACUGAACUGGACAUGGCCUGCACAGGUAUAAAAGCAGAGACUGUAAACCUUCUCAGGAAACGUAUGGACCAGCAAGGACAUAUAUUAAGAAAGGGUUUAUAUUGUUAACACACUGUGUGUAUAUAUCGAAUCCUCACGCGUUGGUUAACACGGUUGUAUAAUUCAAAACCCUCCUACUUUCCAGAUUAUUGUGGUGUUUGUAUGUAUUUUGAGGCAGAUAUUAGAGGACAGCAACAUGUAAGAUGAAAGAGAAUUGCUUGUAAAAGACCAAGUAAGCAGCAGUCUCAUGACAAUUGCUCUCAGUGCAUAUAAAGUUGAGUACUAUGCACAUCCAUGAAUGAAAGUAAAACAGACACAUUUAAAAGUGUUAGGCCCUGUUUCUGUGACCAAGAGUGACAGCAUCUUUAUUUUAGUAUCUGUAUUUAUUCAUCUCAAGGUUUUUGCUUCACAGACCACUAUUUUUUGUCUGUGAUUUUUUUUUCAGUCUCUUCAGUUACAGUCUGGAUAUUUUCGUAACUUCCUUUAUGCUUGUCUUUUUGUAGAUGAUAGAUUCCCUCCUGAUGCUACAGUCGAGUUUAUUUUCUCCAGCGGGCCAGAAAAAAUGAAAGGUGAUUUUUGUCAGCUACUCAUCUGUCACUGUAUCUGGUACACCUAAGAUCUUUCUUUUUAUAUUUCCUGUCCUUCUUAUUAAAAUGUCUGUCUUUUUAGGUCGAGAGUACCGAAAAAAUGAUGCUUCCAUCAAAGUGGACUUCAACACAUCAGACCCUGUGGUCAGGUGGGAUUCUUAUGAGAACUUCAACCUUCAUCAUCAAGACAGCAUGGAAAGUAAGAAAACAUGGACAUAAAACUUUUACAGUACUAGGGUAAAACAAAACAUUACAUUUAGAUAUUUCUUUCAGAUAUCUGUCAUACAAGAGGUCCUCUGGAUGGCAGCUUGUACGCCCAGGUGAGGAAGCGCCGUGGGCCCGGCUCUACCGCCUCAGCAGCAUCAACCAAUGGAUGCCUUACAAGUAGUCCAACAGUCAAAUCUCAGCCACUCACCUACACCCCUGACUCCAAACGCUCCUCAGUCCUCUCCGAUCUCCUGGAAGACACCAAAAAUUGCCCAGAAAGAGAAAGCACUAAAUCUCCAUCUGGGAAAGCAGAAGGGGAAGACGGAGCAAAGGAGAAAACAAAAGGGAAAGAAAGAGACAGAGAAACUGCGAUUUUGGAUGAUGGAGACCCGUCAAGUCCUGCGGUUGCAAGGAGGGAACACUUCUGCUGCGGUCGAGUAGGUGCAAAGUGUGGUGAAGUUAGUUGGGAGAGGGAAAGAGAGCCCUGCCUAUCUAAUGGUCAUUGUCUGGGUCGUUGCAACAGCAUUAAAAACCACCCAAAAAGCCAAACUCUGCCAGCCUUACCAACCAAAUCUAUGUCCCCGCCUCCUCAUUCAACACACAUGGAACUCUGCCAUCGGCAUAGCUCUCAUCCUCUACCAGAGUUACCAUGGGAACGUCCUCCCCCUCCCCCACCCCUGCCUUGUUUCCAUAGGCCUUGUUAUCCAUACUCAAGCCCUGAACAUGCCCACCCACACAGCCACACCCUCCCAGCCUCAAACAGACUCUGCACCGGGGAGGAGUGUCAACUCUUCCAUUAUUCCAGCCAAGGCCCAGCCUCUCAUCUGUCCCAUCAAUCACUGCCCUCCAGCCCGUACAAAGAAAUGUUCUUUGGCUCUCCAUCUCUGUCCUCUGGCUGCUCCUGUCGGGACUGCUCCACCCGAAGAGAGCACCAACCAGCUCCAGUUAGAACAUUCCACCCCCUGCACCCAGACCAGUUGGAAAACCCCCACUGGUCUAAAGGAGUGGGAGUACAACGAAUCAGGGAGGCCCCUCCACUAUGGGAAUGUGAGAAUCCAUGGGAGUUAGGGAGAGACGCAGGUAUUUGGCACUGCAAAUCUGCAAUGCCGGCCUUUCAUAUAUGCCACUCCCCUUUGGAUCAAGGUCAGAACCUGGAGCAACCUAGAUAUGCCAUUGGACCCCAUCAGGGCUUCCCAAGUCCACAAUCUCUGGUAGAUGUACGGGAUGGGGCUAGCAGUGGGUACCAUACCCCCCCACAGCCCCGCCACUCUUGCCCCUGCUCUUCUUAUCAGUCAUCCCCAGCAGAGAGCCACGAGAGCCGGGGCUAUGUAUCUGGAUACCAUUCUGAAUCUGCCUCACCUCUGCCUGCUAGCAGCCCCUCUCCUGGGAGAGGCCUAGUGCCAGAGACUCCAUCGAGAUCCAAAGAUCAGCAGCAAACUGAGCAUCAUAAAGGUGAAUGAUGAAUACUGAGGGGAUUGGUUGUUAUGUGGAAAAAGUAUGUUUGAUACUUCUUGUAUCACUUGUUCUGCAUUUAUUUGUAAUACCUUCAUCUAAUCUGAUUAAUCUUGCUUCUUUAAGUGGAACAAACCAAGGCUGAUGCAGAAGAUGCCAUAUCCCAGGGUUCAGAAGGUCAACUGGAGUCAAAUGGCCAAUCAAGCACUGCUGGUGCGGACUCUGAUCAUGACUACACAGUCAUUGGUAGUGGCAGUCCAACACACACAGAAGACAGGUUGGUGUAGCUUUUGUUUUUGUAUGUUUACCAAGUAAAACUUCAAUGAUAAUCAUGUUAUCUUCACUUUCUUCAAAGCGUAACUGCUGAUAGCCCUUCUCAAAGCCAAGAAACCCCUCCAUAUUUGGAGUCCAGCUCAAAUGGUAGUCAAGCUACAACUCCAGUCCUAAGAGAAACGCAAAGCCAAAGUUCCAACAUAUCCUUAAACUCUACACAACCACCAAGUGAAAAAGGUUCAAGCUUAAAUGAAAAGCCUGCAGAAGCCAAGAUCCAAGGAAGUGCAGAAGGAACGAACCAAUCACGUGCUUCAAGCUAUGCCACAGUCUUCAUCACUCCAGUCCAGGUGCAACUGAAUGGCUCUACACUUCCAAGUGACACACCAUCUGACAGCAGCAGAGCGCUAUCCAUGAACCCUUCAGCCAGCUCCAGCCCUUCCACCACUUCCCCAAAUUCUCCCAUUAGCUCCCCAGAUCUCCAGUCAUCUCUUCAGUGCUCCAUAUCAGCUUCAGAUGCAGCAGGACAAAGACUGACACCUGACAGAGACAGCUUAGCUGACACCAAACCACCAUCUCCUGUGCCUGACGGGUAUCAUACACCAACCUUUCCCUUAGCAUCAUAUUACUACCCAUUGCUGAAUGUUCCUCAUGUACCAUACACGGGAUACACUGCUGUCACUAUCCCCGCCAUCCAGCCCCCACUCCCUGAGAAGAAACGUCUUUCAAACACAGCAGGAUCCCUUAAUGGACACAACUCCCUCCUUCGUGUCUCCUCUGCUCCUUCCCCUACACACCAUGUUAGUUUCUCCUCAGCUGUGGUACAGCAGAGACGAGGGUCUGCACAAUUCAGCAGUAGGGAAGACUUGGACAAUAGGGUCAAUGCUAAGUUUGUCCAGGACAGUUCCAAGUACUGGUACAGGCCUGGCAUCUCCAGGGACCAAGGUGAGAGUAAAAAUGGCACAUGAGGAAGGAUGUGAAAUGUUUGUAUUUUUUACUAUGAAAUAAUUCAGUCAAGCAGAAGCUCGGCUACUGACAUAUAACCCUUUAUUGCAUUUUUUGUUUUCAGUUAUAGCACCCUAAGUCUAAUGUGUCUUAUCUUUUCAAGCUAUUGCUGUUUUGAAGGAUAAAGAACCAGGAACCUUCCUUAUCAGAGACAGUAACUCCUUCCAGGGAGCUUACGGUCUAGCCCUCAAGGUGGCAACGCCGCCUCCUAAUGCCAACAUCAUUGGCAUCAAAGGUACCCAUUAUGAAUUUUUAAUAUAAGCAACAAGUCUGCUUCCCAAUUGGCCCUUUUCAUAUGAUUAUAUGUGGAAAAGUCAGCCCUUAUUAUUCAGGCUCCUAAAACUGCACAUUGAGUGAAGGGUAACACACAUAAUACACAAUGACAAUGACAAAGAUAACUGCUGACAAAAAUGUCCACACUAUCACAGAAAAUGAGCAUGAAUGUUUCUAACUUUCUUGUGCAUAUUUUAUGCUUUUUGAGUUUUCUCUGAGUUAAUCCAUAUACCCUACUUUUCAUUAAUGGUUUUUGAAUUUCCCUCUGGGCAUAAAUGGAGUUAUUCUUUUUCUUAUUCUUAUUAUAGUGAGGAGAAAAAUUAAAUCUUACAUCGUAAGCAUUUUAUUUUUUAACUUAAGUUUGUUUCAGUGAGAAGCACAUAACUGAAUCUGAAAUGUAUUUUGAUCAGUCCUUAUUAUUCUUGUGCAUUUCUGUGCAUCUUGCUUUGCUUUAAUGAACAUAUUCCUUACAGAUAUUCCUUAUUUACAAAUGCCUUUUGUUUGCAAACGAUCAGUGAGGUACAUUCACGAUCAAUCAAGAGCAGCACUUUGGUUUUGAUGGGUCCAAAAUAAUCAGAACGUCAUUUUUAUUUUUCUUUGUUCAUGAGUUCUAUCUGCAGCAAGAAACUCUGUCAUGUUUUCAUCAUAUCCCCUCCCCUCUCCUCUCCGCCUUCUAUCUCAGGGGACCCUCUGGAACAGCUGGUGAGACACUUCCUCAUCGAGACAGGGCCGCGGGGAGUGAAGAUCAAGGGCUGUCAGAAUGAGUCCUACUUUGGUCAGUUAUGCGACAGACACAACUUCCACAAUGUACUUCAUAUAUUUAGCAACGCGUGGGGAAAAAAAAACAUAAUUAUUGUGGUUACUCAUAAACCCAGAGACUGUUUUCUUAACAUACUAAUUGAUUUCAAAUUUUUCAUGAUCCAUUUUAUGGUUGUUUUUGUCUUUCUCUGCUUUUCUCAGGGAGUUUAUCUGCUCUGGUGUACCAGCAUUCUAUUACUCCCAUCUCUCUGCCGUGUGCCCUGCGUAUCCCAGAAAAAGGUAAGAUGUACAAUCAUAUGAAGACGUCACUACUUUGAUUCCUAAAUGAGACACCCACCUCACCAAAUAAAGUAAUACGACAAAUAUAAUAUACAAUAAUGGUUACCGACUGGAUCUUACUGAGAAAGGUAGUUAUUUACAUGACUGCUGAUGAUGUUUCAGAUUUAGUUGGGGAGCUUCAAGAGGUUCAGAGUGCGACAAACACCAGUACAGCGGCUGACCUCCUCAAACAAGGAGCAGGUACACAAGCUUAUUUUGCCUCCACUGAUUCUGCCGUGAUACAAUCAUGCAUACUAGACCUCUUAAAAACAGAGGAACAGCAGCAAUUCUCACCUUUGACCAGCAGGGACUGCACAAGCCUCAUAUUUUCAAAGCGCUUACCUAUUAGACCAUAUGUUACAUUUGUUUACCUGAAAUUCUUAUCUCUCUAAUUAACAAGCCUGCAACGUGCUCUACCUGAACUCUGUGGAAACCGAGUCGUUGACCGGACCUGAGGCAGUUUCCAAGGCAACCAAAUGUACUUUGGCUUUGAGUCCACGUCCAGUGGCAACGGUGGUCCAUUUCAAAGUAUCUGCUCAGGGCAUCACUCUAACAGACAGCAAGAGAAGGUGCAGAGACUAAAGUGUUCAAGUGCAGUAGAUGUCACUCUUUAUUAUUUGUUAUUGUGUGAAUUUUUUUUUUCCAUUCAGUAUUCCUGGAGCUAAUACUAAACACAAGUGAUUCAUACUGUUUGUGUUUACGCAGGCUAUUUUUCAGGAGACACUACCCAGUGAACAGCGUGACUUUCAGCAGUGUAGACCCCCAAGAGCAGAGGUGGGUUACUAAGACAAACCUAAAAAGGCAUUUAAAGUAUGAUUUUAUAAAAAUAAAUAAAUAAAUAAAAAAACUUCAGGUUUUUACAUGUCUGGUAAAAGGUCAAUUAUCUGAGUCUUUUCUGCUGCCUCUGCACAGAUGUUUUCUGUUUUGACUUGUAUUGUUAUAACUCCUCUGUGAUUUGCUUGCCUGCACUUUACAUUGAGAUGUAAAGCGUGAGUCAGAGCUCAGUCUUUGCUUAGUCUCUAUGUAUGUGUUAUUCAUGUUGUCCCAUGUUUUGUCUCUGUGUCUCUAUUUGUGCACCCGUGCUUCAGGUGGACUAAUUCUGAUAGCACUUCAAGCAAGUAAGUGCUUGCUUUUUUGUGUCUUAUUUCCUGAUCAAGUGAUCCUUUUGUGCUACUUUGCAUGGCAGUCAAUCACAAUGAGGCUUCUUACUAAAGGACUAAUUUCUCAUUUUUUCUGUAAAUAGUACUCUGUUCACUUUUUCCUCUCCAUUAUCUGUGUAUCUUUUAUUCUGACUUCUCCUGUGUCCUCUUUUGCUGAAGGAUGUUUGGCUUUGUGGCGAGGCGAACAGGCAGUGCUACGGAGAAUGUGUGCCACCUGUUUGCAGAGAUGGACCCUGAGCAGCCAGCUGUGGCCAUUGUGAACUUUAUCAACAAAGUCAUGCUGGGACCGCAGCUACACAGAUGAAAGAGAGAGCAGAGACUCUGGGUUUUAAAGGGAUUUUGGAGAAAUAUUAAUGUGAACUCGACAUAGUUUUAAUGUUGGAUGGCCAUACGUCCUCUUUUCCUGAACAUGUCCUCUUUUUGGGGGGCUGUCUGGCCUGUCUGGCCUUGUCUGGGGGAGUUUAUGAAAUCCUUCAAAUGUCCAGGGUUUUGUAUGGAGGUUUUGAGUUUGUAUAGCAUGGACUAACUGAGUUAGAAAAGCAUAAAAAACACUCGACCCGACCCGAAAAACCCUCAAAAUUUUGUGUGCAACUCCACCCUGUGUAGUGGAAUAUGGUCACCCUAAUUAAUGAAGUGUGUGUGUGUACCUGUGCUGUUGGCACCACUGUAUUUGGCAGUCCGAUCGUUUCGAAGUCGACAAAGCGGUAAUCCACUUUGUAGAUUACCACUCUGGAGAGCAAAGUAUUGUGUCAGUUUACGGAGCUACAAGCCAAAAAACUGACCUCACUUUUCUAACCUUUGCCAAAUGAGAUUUUUUCAAAAGUUUGGUUGUUUUCUUUUUUUUUCAUGUUUUUUAUUUCUUGACUGUUCACAAAAUGUACAACCAACUGCUACAGCUACAAGAGUCACAGGACAUUUACAGCACUGUUUCAUGGUAUUUAACAUUCUCUUCAUCAUCACCUACAGGUAUCAGAAAGAGUGAAAGUGGUCUGCAAUAAUAUGUUAGAAUGUCAGAAUCAUGUUUAAGGUGUGAGGUAGCAUAACUGUAUCUACUACAACUGUAUACAAUGCAUGUACAACAUUUUUUGAUGCAAUGUGAAGAACAGUAACAGAAAUAUUGAAUAAAGGUUAUGUGAUUUGUUUACUUAGGGAGAGGACUUUUGCUACAUCAGAAAUGGUACUAACAAUUAAUGUAGGACAAUCAACAUGUUGUUCCCAAAGCAAAUAGACUUUUGACACUGUGCUUUCAAUUAUUAACAAAACAAACAUGUCUCCAACUUUGAACCAGUUGUAUUUAACAAAGCAUUAUGUGGCUUAUGACUGCAUUAAAACAAGGGAAUGAGAGGUCAUAAUCAGGUAAUGGUAUACAUAUAAUAGACAAAACAUAAAUACAAGUUUUUUCCAUCUACAUAUAAAUAGUGAAACACCUUACUUUGCAAAAUGCAAUAUCCAAAGUGUUUGUGAAGCAAUUUAUGAGAAAGAGUCUGUUUUGAAAAGUCUCAGAUAUUAAAGUAACAUAUAUUAAGAAUUUAUGCCAAAGACUGAAUACUGUGUGAUUUUGAUUUUUUAUCACUUACAUUUCAUGUGUUGACAUAUGUGUUUUCUAUCAGCUUAAAUGCUAUUUAGACAGUUUGAGCACAAUUAUUUUUCAUAAUGGAUUUUUAUGUAAAAGAAGUAAUAUAUUUUGGCCAUGUGAUCUUGUGAAGAAUGGGAUGGGUCAUAUUUGACAGGCAAUUUAAAUAAUAAAAUCUAUAAAAUGCACGUGUGCUUCGUCAUUUAUAGGAAUCAGAGUACAGAUAUUUUAUGACAUACUAUAACACACGAGCUGGUAAAUGUCCUUGACUAUCUGCCUUUGAAAGCUAGAGUAAGUUUGACAUGAUUAAGAGACACCUGGCUUCCUUUACUCCCAGCUUUAAACUAUUACUGAUGUACUAAUUAUCUGUACUUCUUAACAUUUGUUUUAGGUAAUACUUAACCUAUUUUCCAUGUAAUAGACUUGAGCAAUAACUUUUUAUUUCUUCUUAAUGAAUUUCUGAAAACUGCUAACAAGAUUUUCUAAUUCAUAAUUUCUGAGCUAACGACACUAUAUGCAGUCAUUCCAAUUUAGGCUAUUGUUACAUAACUGUUUCACCAGGAAUUUAGUUUUUUUCACACGGAUGAUUUCAAAUUCUCUAGUGGUACGGUUUAAAAGGAUGAGGUCCCACCGAGAUUUGAACUCGGAUCGCUGGAUUCAAAGUCCAGAGUGCUAACCAUUACACCAUGGGACCCACGC